CACUACACUUCAGUUCGACACGUCUCACACGUCAGGCGGCGACAUGGGCAGCGCGUCGGCCGUCGCGUACGCGUUGUUAAUGUGCCUAUCAGUCACAGAAACCGUGUUAUCAUCAAGUAAACAACGAAACGUUCUUAUACUGCUUGCGGACGAUGGCGGGUUCGAGCUGGGCGCAUACAACAACAAGAUCUGCCAGACACCCAACAUCGACGCGUUGGCACGCCGUAGUGUCAUAUUCAACAAUGCCUUCACUUCCGUCAGCAGCUGCUCGCCCAGCCGUGCAGCAUUGCUGACUGGCAAGCCGAGCCACCAAAAUGGCAUGUACGGGCUGCACCACGGCGUGCAUCACUUCAACUCCUUUGACAACGUCACCAGCUUACCAAAUAUGCUUAAGCGCCAAGGAGUAUAUACCGGUAUAAUUGGCAAGAAGCACGUAGGGCCAGAAAACGUAUACAAGUUCGACUUCGAGCAGACGGAGGAGAACAACCACGUGAACAUGGUGGGGCGCAACAUCACGCACAUGAAGCUGCUGACCAGGGCGUUCCUGCAGCUGGCCAACCAGGAAAACAAACCAUUCUUCCUUUACAUCGGGUUCCACGACCCGCACCGCUGCGGGCACAGCACGCCGGAGUAUGGCGUCUUUUGCGAGCGCUACGGGACCGGCGAGCCUGGUAUGGGUCGCAUCGCGGACUGGACGCCGUGGUACUAUCAGUGGGACGAGAUUGAACUGCCCUUCCAUAUACAGGACACAGAAGCAGCCAGAAGAGAUGUAGCUGCUCAGUACACCUCUAUGUCGAGGCUUGAUCAAGGCGUGGGCUUAAUCCUCAAAGAGCUAGCAGCAGCCGGUCACGGUGACGACACACUCAUAAUCUACACCUCUGACAACGGCAUCCCGUUCCCCUCCGGGCGCACCAACUUCUACGACCCCGGCCUCCGCGAGCCCCUCCUCGUGGCAUCCCCGCUCGCCGCGCGCAAGAAUGAAGCUUCCUACGCGCUGGUCAGCCUGCUGGAUAUAAUGCCGACUGUAUUAGACUGGUUCGGAGUACAGUUGGAGCACGAGGAAUGCAAUGAUAUUUGGCAGGAUGAUACGCCGAAGAGUUUACUGCCAAUUUUGAAAAAGGAGCCGCCGCCGUCAGACUUGGACGCGGUGUUCGCGUCGCAGACGCACCACGAGAUCACGAUGUACUACCCGAUGCGCGCCGUGCGCACGCGUCGCUACAAGCUGAUACACAACCUCAACUACGGGAUGCCGUUCCCUAUUGACCAGGAUCUCUACGCGUCUCCUACUUUCCAGGACAUCCUGAACCGCACGCGCAGCAAGCAGCAGCUGCCGUGGUACAAGACGCUGAAGCAGUACUACUACCGCCCACAGUGGGAGCUCUACGACAUCCGAGCGGACCCCACCGAGUCUAAUAAUUUACACGGUAAGCCAGUACUGGAGCACAUCGAGGCGUCUCUCCGCGAGCGCCUGUCGAGCUGGCAGCGUGCCACGCGCGACCCCUGGCUGUGCUCGCCCGACGCCGUGCUCGAGGGCAGCGCGCAGUGCCGCAGUCUGGACAACACGUUAAUGCAGUACUAUCCGCGCUAGGCAGUUUUGACGACAUCCUGACGCUACGAAAGUGUACCAAAAAGCAAGGCUUAUUCGUCAACAAGAUUACGCAAAUGCUCCAAAAUUGCCAGUAUAACAUGUCACUUACAACUAACGCAACAUAAUUAUUUUCAUCUAUCAAUAGAUCACGAACGUGCUAAAUGAAGAUACUUUGUCGCGUGACAAGAUGUAUGACGAAGUGGUCAUGCUAGUCAUUCUGGUAGGAACACCAUUGCAUUGCUUAUUACCUUAUUUGACUGAAGAUCCAAUGUUGGAAUAUAGAAUUGUCAUUUGUAUAUCUGAUGCGAUAUCAAGACAAUGUCUUCUUUGUGAUUAAAAUUUAUUUAGAUAAAUAAAAUACCAAUUAGUAUUAAUGAAAUAUUUGUGUUUAAAACAUAGUGUUUCCAAACAAUAAUACUCAAAUCUCUCAAUACUCUUUAUGAUCUUUGUAUUUAAAUAUAUGUUUACAAUAAGACUUAAAAUCACAUAGAUAAAAAUGUAAUAAAUGUUGUCUGAAUGUGAAUGUUAUUAUUAAUACUACUUGAUCUGUACUAAAAUCUUGCCAGUAUCUGUGUCAUCUGUAUGUAAACUCAAAAAACUGUAAUUUCUUAAACCUAAUUUUAACAAUAGUCUGAAACUUGAAACUAAAAAAAUAAAGACUAUUUAAUGUAAGUAUGUUAUAACUUUUAUUUAUUUUAUAAUAUUUACUGUUUACAUCAAAUAUGAAUAAAAUUUUAACAUUUAACAGAUUUUUAUUUUGUAACCAAGUCAUACUCGUAGUUAAUAUUCUUUUUAAUAUUAAUGUACUUAAUAUAAUUCAUAAUUCACAAAAUGAAAGUAUAUAAGUACAAAUACACAUAGCUGAUAGCUGAAACUUAAACUAUGGUAACUUUAACAAACAACACAAGAAAAUAACAAAUAAAUAAAUUACUCUCUCAGAGUUUAAAUUCAUUCUGCUUAUAUGCAUGUCGGCGGCCGAUCGUAAGAUCAGGCAUAUCGUGAAAUUCCUAGGCAUAUCGUGAAACGUGAAAAUCUUUGACUCAUUCCCUGAGUCGACGGAGCCCCGCUACGCGGGGCUCCUAUUUCUGGGCAGUUUGCCCUUCGGGCAUCUGAAGCAA